AUGUUAAAUUUCAACACUAGAUCGGUGGUCAAUAGAAAAUACACCGAUACCAAUGAAAUUUUAGAAAAUCUAUAUAAAAAAUCAAAUAAAUGGGUUAAUAAUAAUACAAAUUCAUCUAUAAACAUUGAAGAUAAUGAUAUUAAAUCAUUAGAUAAACUAUUAAAUAGUCUUUUAAAUAUAAUUAAAAAUAUAGACAUAAUAGAAGUAGAGAAAGAAUUCAAAUCAUUAAUUCAUUUUUUAAAUAAUAUAACUUCAAUUUCAUUAUUCUCACUUGUAAUUAAUAAUAGUAAUAAUUAUAAUGAUGAUGAUGAUGAUAAUGAUAUGAUUAAUAUUUUAAACUCUAUAUCAUAUUCAAUUAAAAAUAUUUUAGCUGUGUUAUUUGAUAAAACUAAAGAUUCAAUUGUUCAAAAAGAUAUUUUUAAAUUAAUAUUAAGAAAAUCACAGAUUGAAUCAAUAGAUGAUACAAAUAAAACAUUACCACUAAAUCAAACACAGAAAAGUACAUAUGAAAUAUUAAACUCAUUUGGUAUUAAUUACAUUGAUCUUCAAAAUGAAAUAUCAAGUAUUUUAAUAAACUCAAAUGAAAGUAUAACAGAGAUAUAUAAUAAUAAUCUAAUCAAAUCCACAUUACCAAAUUAUAUGAAAAUUAAUAAUAAUAAUAAUAAUAAUAAUAAUAAUAAUAAUAAUAAUAAUAAUAAUAAUAAUAAUAAUAAUAAUAAUAAUUUAUUAAAUGAUUUAAUUAAAAUAAAUUUACAAAAACCAACGAUUUACAUCAAUGAUAAUCAUAAAAACUUUACAAUAAAUGAUAAUAUAUUAUAUUAUUCCAGUAAUGACAAAAACAAAAGUAAUAUCACAACAAGUAAUGAUUAUACUUUAAAUUUUAAGCAAACUCUUUCUCUUUUAUAUUCAAUCAUAAAUCAAACUAUAUUAGAAAUAUUGAAUGAUAAUCAUAAUCAUAAUGGUAAUGGUAAUGAUAAUCAAGAUGAUGAAAUUUAUUUGAAAAAACUAAAAAACAAAUUAGUAGCAUCAAAUCUUUGUAAUAUUUGUAUUGAAAACCACUUUAUUUUUCAAUUUUUAUUAUCAACUUUAAAAAAAGCUUUUAUGAAAACCUUUAGUAAUAACCAAAACAAACUAAAUAGUUAUUUCAAACUUUCAAUUUUUUGUUUUACUCAAUCAUGUCUAGAUCAAAGUUUACCAAUAAAUAAAAAUAAUUGGUUUUUAAAUAACUAUCCAAUUUAUUUAAAACCAUUAGUAAUUUUAUAUAUUAUAAAUAACUAUAAUAUUAAUAAUAAUAAUAAUAAUAAUAAUGAUAAUAAUAAUAAUUAUACAACUAUCAAUCAUCAAAUAAUUGGUAAUGAAUUAUUGUUAUUAUUUUCAAGGUUAAAUCAUGAAAGAGAUCAAAUAGUAUUAAAAUUUUCAAAUAAUAAAAUAACUUCAAAAACAACAAAGAUAUUUGAAAAAGUUUUAUUUGAAAUGUGGUUCCUAUCAAUUCAAUUUCAAAGUUUUUAUAAAAAAGCAAUUCAAUUAUUAAAAUCAAUCAUUCAAAAUAAUAAUAAUAAUGAGCCAAUAGCAUUCCCACAAAUGAAUGAACUUUUAAAAUAUAUUAUCUUUUAUAAUGAACCUACCACAACCAAUUCUACUCUGGUAAAUUGUAAAUUGAAAAUAUUACUUUAUGAAUUAAUGGAAUCUUUAAAUAUUACAACAGCAACAACUGCAACAGCAACAGCAACAACUAUAGAAAGAAUGGAACUUUUAAAACAAAAGAAAUAUAGAUUUCAAGAAAUUAAUUAUCUUAAAUUAUUUUAUGAUCUUACAAAAACAAUUUAA